AUGAUGUCCAGAAGGCAAUGAGAUACACAGAUCUGAAUAUCAGAAGGCGGCUCUGGGAUGUCGGAGACAUGGAAUGCUUUGGUGUAAUCUUGAGUUCUGGUUCCUUCUUAUCAACAGAGAAGGGGCUGGGUUCUGGAGACGUGAUGGGGUUAGGGUGGAGUUACACUAAUGUGAAACGACUCCCGGCUCACCUCUCUGACUCGGUUUCCCCCACAGAUGGCCUUUCCCUGCCACAGGUCCAUGAACCCAAGACCCAAGACGCUGGUCUUCCUUCUAGUGGGCCUGAGUUUCUUCACACUGCACCUGUGGUUUCUCCAGGCCCCGAUGUCCCAGGAGGAGGGGGUGCGGGAUCUCGCGGUGGACGCUCUUGCUGUGCAGCCCUCAGCGCUCAACCCAGGGGUCCUGUGUGUGGCCAACGCCUCUGUGAACGCCACGCCUGAUUUCCAACAGCUGCCUGCCCGGAUCCAAGACUUCCUGCGGUACCGCCAUUGCCGCCAGUUUCAGCUGCUUUGGGACGUCCCGAACAAGUGUGCUGGCCGCCGGGGCGUCUUCCUGCUCCUGGCCGUGAAGUCAUCGCCGGAAAACUACGAGCGGCGCGAGCUCAUCCGCCGCACCUGGGGGCAGGAGCGCAGCUACCGCGGCCUGCCGGUGCGCCGCCUCUUCCUCCUGGGCACGCCGGCGUCUGAGCCCCGCGAGCGCUGGGAGCAGCUAGACGAGCUGGUGAGCCUGGAGGCGCGCGAGCACGGCGACGUGCUGCAGUGGGCCUUCGCCGACACCUUCCUUAACCUCUCGCUCAAGCACGUGCACCUGUUGGAGUGGCUGGCGGCGCGCUGCCCACAGGCGCGCUUCCUGCUCAGCGGCGACGACGACGUCUUCGUGCACACGGCCAACGUGCUGCGUUUCCUGGAGGCGCAGCAUCCUGGCCGCCACCUCUUCACCGGGCAGCUCAUGGACGGCUCCGUGCCCAUUCGCGACAGCUGGAGCAAGUACUUCGUGCCCCCGCAGAUCUUCCCCGGGCAGGCCUACCCGGUGUACUGUAGCGGCGGCGGCUUCCUCCUGUCCAGCUACACUGCCCAGGCCCUGCGCAGAGCCUCCCGCCACACGCCGCUCUUCCCCAUCGACGACGCCUACAUGGGCAUGUGCCUGCAGCGCGCGGGCCUGGCACCCAGCGGCCACGAUGGCAUCCGGCCCUUCGGCGUGCAGCUGCCGGGCACCCACCGGCCCUCCUUCGAUCCCUGCAUAUACCGCGAGCUACUGCUCGUGCACCGCUUUGCGCCCUACGAGAUGCUGCUCAUGUGGAAGGCGCUGCACAACCCUAAGCUGAGUUGUUCCCGGGGUCGCAGGGUCUCCUGA